UAGCCCCUUUGUAUUCUACAAAGAGAUAUAUAUAAUCUUUACAUUUAAUUCCCAUUCCUUUUUACGUAAACCAAAAUAUGGAGAACCAAAAGCAACGCCAAGCUGCUUGCUUGAGGAGAAGCCUCUUUGAUCAGGGAUACAUUGAUGACCAAUUUAUUCAUCUUGAAGAAUUGCAAGAUGAUGCAAACCCUAAUUUUGUUGAAGAAGUUGUCAAGCUAUUUUACACUGAUUCAGUCAGAUUGAUUCGCAAUAUUGAACUUGCACUGGAAAAUGGACCUUAUGAUUUUGCUAAACUGGAUAAUAUGAUGUACCAAUUCAAGGGUAGCAGCUCAAGCAUUGGUGCCAGAAGAGUAAAAAGACAAUGUUGUCAGUUUCAGGAAUACUGUAAUGCCAAAAAUAUAGAAGGGUGCAAAAACACAUUCGAAGGAGUGAAGCAAGAGUAUAAUACACUAAAGACUAAGCUUGAGACUUAUUUUCAGAUGGCAAGAGAAGGUUCUCAUUAUGUUUGAUGUCGAAUGCAUCAGAUUCAAGUAGCUGAUAUAUCGUCCAAAAUCCAUAUAUAUAUA